AUGGUGCACAAACUUCUGCUGCCCAUCGCUUUAGCAGCAAGUCUCAUCACAACUGAGCUGUCAGGUGCCUCAGCUACUAAAACAAAAGCUCAAGUGUUUCUAGUAAAGAACAACUCAGGGGUGACACCAGCAGGGCAGUGUGGGACAUGGGUAAAGGAGCCAGAUGGAGGGUAUUUCACCUCACCCAACUACCCAGACAAAUAUCCACCUGAGAAGGAGUGUGUCUACAUUAUUGAAGCCGCUCCCCGGCAGUGCAUUGACUUAUUCUUUGACGACAAGUAUUCCAUAGAGCCAUCCUGGGAGUGCAAGUUUGACCACAUUGAGGUUCGCGAUGGGCCCUUUGGUUUCUCGCCCCUCAUUGGUCGUUACUGUGGGCAGGAAAGCCCGGCAUAUGUCCGCUCCAGUGGGAGGUACCUGUACAUCAAGUUUGUCGCUGAUGGUGAACUGGAGGCCAUUGGUUUCUCAGCCCGGUAUAACUUUACACAAGAUCCUGAGUUCAAAGACCUUGGGGAAUUGCCAGCUCUGCCAUUUUGUGACUUUGAGCUGAGUGGUCCGGAGGGCUUUGUAGAGUCCACCCAGAUAUCCGCAGAGGGCCGGGCGCUGCAGACUGAGGCUAUAGACUGCAGGUGGUACAUCAAGGCUCCACCAAGAGCGAGGAUCUAUAUGCGUUUUCUGGAGUACGAAAUGCACAACUCGAAUGAGUGCAAGCGCAACUUUGUUGCCAUCUACGAUGGCAGCAGUUCAGUUGAGCAUCUGAAGAAUAAGUUCUGCUCCACUGUGGCCAAUGAUGUCAUGCUGGUCUCCUCUGUGGGCGUGGUGAGACUGUGGGCAGAUGAGGGAAGCAGAAAAAGCAAAUUCAAGAUCCUCUUCACAACCUUCCACGAACCUCCAUGCGAAGGAGACACUUUCUUUUGUCAUAGCAACAUGUGCAUCAAUCACACUUUGGUCUGCAAUGGUAUCCAGAACUGUGUUUACCCAUGGGAUGAGAAUCACUGCAAAGAGAAGAGGAAAGCCAGUAUCCUGGACACACUGGAUAACACUAACCUCACCAUCAUUGGAAUAACGUGUGGCUUGGUUGUCAUCCUGCUCAUCAUUUCUGUCAUCAUCCAGAUCAAACAGCCUCGCAAGAAAUACAUCAUUCGCAGAGAUGACUUUGAUCCUGCUCUCCUCCACCCUGGUUUUGAGCCUCCUCACUAUGAGCUCUGCACUCUGCGUCGUGCCCCAUCUGGUGACCUGACUGAUGCUGCUUUGGCUGAGGACUUUGAGAAGUUCCACAAGCUCCGCCGCUCCUCCUCCAAAUGCAUCCGUGACCAUCACUGUGGCUCUCAGCAAGGUAGCAUGCAUGGCAGUAUCCAUGGUAGUCGCAGCAACCUGAGCAUGAGGGAUUCCACGAUCACUUCCGAUGUAGGGGCUCUUGUGCCACCACCGCUGCCGCCGAUGAUGGUGGGCCAGCAGUCUCCCCGACUCUCCCACCACACCACACCAGCAGGUCAAAGGAGCAUCCUUGUGAUGAAGCAUAGCUAUUCUCAGGAUGGGGCAGAGGGGUACAGGGCAGAGGAGGAGGAUGAUUUGAUGAUGGAUGAUGGUCCCACUACCAGCCGGCACCAUAUACGCCACCAUCAGAUCCACCAUGGCAUGUCAGGGCAGGGCCACACUGUCCACCGUACACUGUCUAAUGACUUUUAAUGUCAUUAAAGGCAACAUGAAAAAAAAUGGUAAAAACACAUAAUAACCUCAGUUUUUUGUUUAAGAUUAAAAUGUAUGAUUUUUAUGCUCCUUUUUAAAUUAGAUUUCUGUUUUAUUUAUGCAAAUUAUUGAUGAUUAUUACAGAU